AAUGGCGGAACACGCUAAACGACGCGUUUUGAGAGAGCAUAUUGUAUUGUAUUCCCUUACUCAUGAUGAUGAUGAAUGAUCUGUUGUUGUAAGAAUCGAAUUCGCUCGCCCUUCCCUCAUCAUCUCCAUAGAUCUCUCUCUCUCUCUCUCUCUCUUUCUUCUCUUCCUCUCAUUUUCUUUUCCUUAAACUAAAUUUCAUCUCUUUUCUUUGUCCAAAACCCAAGACUUUUUUACCUGGAAAAAAGCUUACAAUUUUUUCUCCUGGAUCUCACUCGCUCUCGCUCUGUUUGCUGGGUCACACUACAACAGCUGAAUUAGAUCUAUUUUUGUAAGUGGGUCUUACAAAGUCGUCUCCUUUGAUCUGCUUUUCAUUUUGAUUUAAGGGUUAAGGAUAAAAACCACCUGUUGAUUUGGUGUGUAAAGUUAUUAGGAAAUGGAUAAGGAGAAGUCUCCGGCACCUUGUGGAGGAGGUCUUCCUCCUCCAUCUCCAUCAGGUCGGUGCUCUGCAUUCUCAGAUUCUGGUCCCAGUGGUCAUGGAUCAGAUGCUAACCGAAUCAGCCAUGAUAUUAGCCGUAUGCUUGAUAACCCACCUAAGAAGAUUGGACACCGUCGAGCUCAUUCUGAGAUCCUUACUCUCCCUGAUGAUUUGAGCUUUGAUAGUGAUCUUGGUGUUGUUGGUAAUGCUGCUGAUGGACCUUCUUUCUCUGAUGAGACUGACGAAGACUUACUCUCUAUGUAUCUUGAUAUGGAUAAGUUCAAUUCUUCUGCUACCUCUUCAGCUCAAGUGGGUGAGCCAUCUGGAGGAACUCCUUGGAAACACGAGCCUAUGAUGCAGACAGGCUCAGCAUCCAAUCCUCAGAAUACACUCAACAGUUUUGGUGAAAGACCAAGGAUCAGGCACCAACACAGUCAGUCUAUGGAUGGUUCAAUGAAUAUCAAUGAGAUGCUAAUGUCCGGGAAUGAAGAUGAUUCUGUCAUUGAUGCUAAGAAGUCCAUGUCUGCUACUAAACUUGCUGAGCUUGCUCUCAUCGAUCCAAAACGUGCUAAGAGGAUAUGGGCAAACAGGCAGUCCGCGGCAAGAUCAAAAGAAAGGAAGACGAGAUACAUAUUUGAACUUGAGAGAAAAGUACAGACUUUGCAAACGGAGGCUACAACUCUCUCAGCCCAGUUGACUCUCUUACAGAGAGACACAAAUGGCUUGACUGUAGAAAACAAUGAGUUGAAGCUGCGGUUACAAACAAUGGAGCAGCAGGUUCACUUGCAGGAUGAACUAAACGAAGCACUUAAGGAAGAAAUCCAGCAUCUGAAGGUGUUGACUGGCCAAGUUGCUCCAUCAGCGUUGAACUAUGGGUCGUUUGGAUCAAACCAACAAUUCUAUUCCAACAAUCAGUCAAUGCAAACAAUCUUAGCCGCACAACAGUUCCAGCAACUUCAGAUUCAUUCACAGAAGCAGCAACAACAACAGCAGCAGCAGCAGCAACAGCAGUAUCAGUUUCAACAGCAACAGAUGCAACAGCUUAUGCAGCAGCGGAUGCAACAGCAGGAACAACAAAAUGGAGUAAGACUCAAGCCUUCUCAAUCCCAGAAAGAGAGCUGAGGAGUAUGAAUAUUUCCACGAAAGUGAGAGGGUAUUGGCGUUUGUGGUGCUAAGGAGAAGCCUUUUGGUAAGGCCAUUGAGGGAAAAAUCAUGUGGGUAAGAAACAGAGCUCCUUGCGCUGCAAUUAUUAGUUGUUUGGAUUUGGUUAUUUGGUAUAGAGACUAGGUCUCGAAAUCAUAGCAUGUAAAAAAAAUUAAAUCACGUUCAAAAUUGUUAACUUGUUAUAAUCUAUUACAAUUGUGUUUACGUGACAAAAUCUACUUGUGUUAACGAUAUUUGUUUCAAUAGUAA